AAUAAAUUUAUAUUUGAGUCGAACACGAUUGUCGCAUAGAGAACACAAUAUAUACUCUUCUUCUCUAAGUCAAUCUCCUCCAUAUCCAAGCGAACAAGAAACCUCCGGCGACGCUCCAGCGACGACGUGAAUCAUCCGUCUGUGUACCUCUGGCGGUAUCUUGGCUUCUGUUUAGGACCUUUUUGUCUUUUACAUUUGGACUGCUGAUGAAUAUUUCAAGUUCCGGUUGUCCCUAUGAGCCAGUUGUAUCCUUGUCUGCUGCUUUAUGAUUAGGUAAUGAAGGGAUUUCACGAGAGAACUUUUAAUUCAAAGCAUUGUUGUAAAACUUAUUCUGAUUCUCCAAAUAGAACUUCUGGGUCUGUUUGUUCGGAGCCAGGAUCUAGUGACAGUAAGCUCUACAAGACUUCCUUAUGGUCAGGAUUUUUUCUAUCUGCUUUCUCAACCUUUGAAGCGCAUGGUGAUCCCAAAGGUUGUGGAAAGAAGGGAUUCGGUACUAGAAGUAAUGGGUGGACAGCAGCUGUGAAAAGAGUUAUGAAUGGUGGCUCAAUGAGGAGAAUUCAAGAGCGUGUGCUAGGGCUGUACAAGACUGGCAUUUCUAGUUCGACAAGUGACAUAUGGCAUCUUGGUUUGUGCUACAAAAUUUCUCAGGAAGAUUCGUCUAGUGAUCUAGCUAUUAGUGAUGGACUAGCAGCAUUUGUUGAAGAUUUCUCAUCAAGAAUUUUGCUGACAUAUCGUAAAGGCUUUGCUGCUGUUGGAGACUCAAAAUAUACCAGUGAUGUAAACUGGGGUUGCAUGCUUCGGAGCAGCCAGAUGCUUGUUGCUCAGGCAUUGAUUGUACAUCAAUUAGGGAGAUCCUGGAGAAAAACUUCUCAUAAGCCACUCAACAAAGAAUACAUUGAGAUAUUACAUCUCUUUGGUGAUUCUGAGGCAUCAGCAUUGUCUAUUCACAAUCUUCUUCAAGCAGGAAAUGGUUAUGACCUCGCUGCUGGAUCAUGGGUUGGCCCUUAUGCCAUGUGUCGCACUUGGGAAUCUCUAGUCCGCUUUAAGAGAGAGGAGAGUGAACUUGAAGACCAGUCUUUUCCCAUGGCUAUUUAUGUUGUUUCUGGUGAUGAAGAUGGGGAGAGAGGUGGAGCUCCCAUUGUUUGCAUCGAGGAUGCUUCUAGACAUUGUUUUGAAUUUUCAAAAGGCCAGGCUAAUUGGACACCUAUUCUUUUGUUGGUUCCCUUGGUUCUUGGUCUUGACAAAAUCAACCCCAGGUACAUUCCUUUAUUGAGCGCGACAUUCACGUUUCCUCAAAGCCUUGGUAUCCUGGGUGGUAGACCUGGUGCUUCAACUUACAUUGUCGGCGUGCAAGAUGAAGAGGCUUUCUACCUUGAUCCACAUGAAGUUCAGCCGGUAGUUGAUAUCAGGAAGGAUAAUCUAGAGGCUGAUACUUCAUCUUAUCACUGCAAUGUUGUGCGGCACGUACCACUUGACUCCGUUGAUUCAUCCUUGGCAAUUGGGUUUUAUUGCAGAGACAAAGAUGAUUUUGAUGAUUUUUGUAACCGUGCUUCCAAGCUGGCUGAUGGAUCGAAGGGUGCUCCAUUAUUUACUGUUACUCAUACCCGCAAUCCGCCAAGGGCAGCCGAUCACUAUGACAUGCUGAGUGAUACUAGUCGGAAUCAACAGGACGAGUCUUUUGACAUUGUGCACGGUAAUAAUGCAGAGGGUGGAACACAAGAAGACGACUGUGAUUGGCAACUCCUUUGACUGAGAUGGUUUAUAUUCUGCGUCUGAAACUGAAAGUUGCGGUUUUGGGUUGGAAACUAGCACUUAAUGCACUCUCAACCUGUACACAACCCCACAGCGCCUCUCUUAUUGGCAGAACCACAAUCUCAAUUGGGUUCACGUUUGUUUGUUAUUUUAUACAAAUUGUUGGAUUAUUAAAUGUGUAGAAUAAAUUAUUCAACUUAUUCAUAUGAUUUACCAUAUACGGAUGUUGUAAUGUAAAAAUGCAGCUAUUUAAUUUUUUGUUUCACAAUUCUAUACCAUUUGACUGCUGAUUAUUUGAUUGAAAGUUU